AUGAAGUCAUUACCACGUUUUGUGAGAAAUCGUGUGAAAGAAAUCCACCAACUGAUGGACAACCGGAAGUGGAGGUAUUGUCCUACAAAAGAAAAUCCAGCGGAAUUAUUGACACGUGUUAUAUCGGCUGUACAGAUCAGUGACAACACACUGUGGUUUAAAGGACCACAAUGGAUCGAAGAAACAGACAAGUGGCCGACAUGGGAUUACCAGUCAACUACCGUGUGCAUUACAGGAACAGACCACUGCGACGAGCCUGAGUUACAGUCAUCGUCAGAAUCUUCGACAAACACCAUAGUUGGAAUCCAUGAUAUCAUAGAUGUGAUCAGAUACAGCACUCUCGGGAAACUGCUACGCGUCAGCGCCUACGUAUUACGGUUUGCACAAAACUGCAGACUUGAAGUUUCAUCCAGAAGACUAGAACACCUGACAGCGAGUCAGCUUAAACAGACAGAAGAAUUAUGGCUCAGAAGUUGUCAACAAUCUACGUAUGGCGAGGAAAUCAAGAAUCUGAGUUCAAAUGGAAAUCGCCUUCCAUUGGUUAGGCAGUUGAGACUGUUCCUAGAUGCCACCGGCUUCGUUCAUAGUGGUUGGCGUAUUCACAAUGCGCCGCUAUCAGAAAACACCAAGUUUCCAUACCUACUUCCUCAGAUACACCCAUUCACACGUCUGGUUGUAAUCGAUGCCCACGAGAGGUUACUUCAUUCUGGGUCAAGUUCAACCAUUACUUACCUCAGACAGAAAUACUGGAUACCGUUUAUCCGACGUUGCGUGCAGUCCGUGUUACGGGCCUGUGCUAUAUGCAGACGAGUUAACGGCAACUCCUACCAUGCGCCUGGUCCACCACCAUUACCGAAAAUACGAGUAGAGGACGCGGAACCAUUCACAGUUACAGGUGUAGACUUUUCUCGUGCGUUGUAUGUACGCGAUAAAGACGGACAUGAACAGAACGCGUACAUCUGUUUGGUUACAUGUGCAUCGACCCGAGCAGUACACUUGGAACUAGUGCCGGAUCUUACAAUAGAAACAUUUCUGCAAGAUUCUGCAGCCGGAAGUCCCUUCCACGUCUGA